AUGGGUUUGAAAUCAUAUCUUGCUCCUGGUCGCAAGACCGACAAGAAGAGCGAUGAGAAGAGCACCGAACUCAACGAGAAGGCUCCGGCCCAUGGCACAUCAACACCUCACCAUCUGGCUCCUUCAGGGGCAGUGUCUGGCGCAGCGACACCUCUCGGAUCAAGGCCAGCAUCUAUGUUCCCCGAGGGCGAUUUCCGCAACCAUGCAAAGGAGGAGAUUCUCGACAUCAAGUGCGACAUGAUGGUCAACAACCUGUACCAAAACCAGAUGGAAUUGCUCUGGACUGCUGGUGGUCACGACGAGGGUAUUCUGCUCAAGAAGUCAAGAGGCAAGUACGCAUGCUGCCCUUCAGAUCUCGAGAGCGAGCCUUUCGGCUUCUUCAAGGCUGUUGAGACUCUUAACGUUAGAGUGAGUAAAAUGCAUCCUCUCAAUUCUGUGGACUCCCCUAACUGUGUGUGCAGANGUGCCAUGACCGUCAACACCCGCGUUAUCAAGCUGUUCCUCCACGGCAACGACCGUGCAUUCAUUCNNCCCCUCAAGAGUGGCCUCCGUCUCCAGGUUCUUCCCGACAUGUCCUACUUGCCACGAUGCGCCAAGCAUCAGUUCGCUGCCUUCAUCGCCGACCGCGGAAUCCUCGUUGUCUGGGACGAUGACCCGAGACAUCUCAUCAAGCGUGCCGCAGACAUUGAGCAAGCACUCAUGAAGAUGGUCUGGGGCCAAGAGGGAGAAGAAGAAGAGGAUGUAUCAGAGAAGGAGAAGACCGCCGAGAUCAACAUCGACGAGAUUGGUGCCGACAGCGAAGAGGCAGGUGCAUACGAGAAACCUCGUCGCAUCGUUCUCACCCAGGCGAUCUGUAACGCAUUGACUCUCUGUCUAAUUAUCGUCGUCCUGGCCUUGGGUUGGCGUAAAGUUGCUAUCGAGAUUGGCUACGAUGGUGGCUAUCUCCGUAUAGCCUUUGUUCUCUGUUACCUACCUCAGUUCUGGGUCUCGCUCUUCUUCUUCCAGGCUCUUGUCGGAAACAUCGCUCAACUGUUCGGUCCCAUCUCUCAACUGACGUCCAACACCAAAUUCUACUCGGGUGUCGCCCCCAAACGCCUCAACGCCGACCUUGUCACCCUCCCUCACAUUACCAUCCAGUGUCCAGUUUACAAGGAAGGUCUUAUUGGUGUUAUUGAGCCCACUGUACACUCGAUCAAGGCUGCUAUCUCAACUUACGAGAUGCAAGGCGGAACCGCCAACAUUUUCGUCAACGACGACGGUAUGCAAUUGAUCUCUGAGGAGGAGGCACGCGCCCGCCAGGACUUCUACGAUGAGCACAACAUCGGAUGGGUCGCUCGUCCUCGCCACGACCCCAAGGGUGAGCACGGUGAUCCCUUUGUUCGUCGCGGAAAGUUCAAGAAGGCUUCAAACAUGAACUACGCACUCUGGGUCAGCAACCGUAUCGAAGAGAAGAUGAACGCAACCCCCAAGCACGCCAACUGGACCAAUGAGGACGAGGCCGAAAUCUAUGUCAAGGCACUCAACGAGGUUGUUGAGGAAGACGAAGGCCGCACUUGGGCAGAUGGUAACGUCCGUCUUGGUGAUUAUAUCCUUCUGAUUGAUUCCGAUACUCGUGUCCCUACCGACUGCUUGCUCGACGCCGCCAGUGAAAUGCACCAAUCUCCUCAGGUCGCCAUUCUCCAGUACGCUUCAGGUGUCAUGAACGUUACCGAUAGCUUCUUCGAGAAGGGCAUCACUUUCUUCACCAACCUCAUCUACACUCAAAUCAAGUACGCUGUUGCCAGUGGAGACGUUGCUCCUUUCGUCGGUCACAACGCUAUCCUCAGAUGGUCCUCGGUCCAAAACAUCGCCUACGACUGCGCUGAUGACAACCGCGAGAAGUACUGGUCCGAGGAGACUGUCUCUGAAGAUUUCGACAUGGCCCUUCGUCUUCAAAACGAUGGUUACGUGGUCCGUCUUGGUGGUUACACUGGCGAUGGUUUCAAGGAAGGUGUCUCGCUUACUGUCUACGACGAACUUGCUCGUUGGGAGAAAUACGCCUACGGUUGCAACGAGCUCCUGUUCCAUCCUAUCCGCUACUGGCCUACUCGUGGUCCUUUCACUAAGCUCUUCCGCAACUUCAUCUGCUCUGCUAUGCCCCUUCCUUCUAAGUUCACCAUUAUGGCUUACAUCGGUACUUACUACGCCAUUGGUAGCGCCUGGCUUUUGACUAUUCUCAACUAUUUCCUCCUCGGCUGGUACAACUCAUACCAAGACAAGUACUACCUCGAUUCAUUCCAGGUUUAUCUUGCUAUCAUCGUCGUUUUUACCGGUCUUGGUAACGUCGCCCUUGCUGUUCUCCGCUACCGUACCGACGAGCAGAGUCUGAUACGCGCUCUCAUUACCAACUUCAUGUGGGUCCCUAUGAUGACCGUUUUCCUUGGUGGUCUCUCCCUGCAUUUGUCGCAAGCUCUCUUGUCGCACAUGUUCGGUAUCGAGAUGAACUGGGGUGCCACUAGCAAGGAAGCCGAGAACACCACCUUCUUCGAAGAAGUCGGAAAGGUCAUCAAGAACUUCAAGUACACCUUCAUCUUCUGCAUUCUCAUGGCUGCUGGUAUGGUUGUCUGCGCCGUCGCAUUGCCCUGGAACUGGCAGAUCACACAGUUCUUCGCCAUCUGGCCGCUCGCCACUGUCGUGGUCAGCCAUUUCGCACUACCAAUUGUUCUUAACCCCAACCUCAUGCUCUUCACAUGGUAG